CUCACAACGUUUGUGUCUGGCCAGCAAAUCAAGCAAAUGUGUCCAGAUGUGUCGCCCAUGAAGGAUUUCGACAUGAAUCAGUUCCUGGGAACUUGGUAUGUGAUCCAGAAGACUAUAACCGGGUACAGGUGCAUUCAGCAUCAGAUUACACCGCUUGAGAAUGAGCGAGAAUAUAAAAUUUCUCAAGUUUCCCCAAUUGACCUCCUGGACAAGCUGCUGCUAAAGAAUGAGCACACCUAUGCGGGUUUUCUGGUUGCAAAUGCCGCCUGUCCAGCCCGAAUGAAGGUUCACUAUGCCUUCAGUAUUGGCGAGGAGGCCUACAUUGUCGUCACAACGGACUAUGAGACCUAUGCUGCGGUAGUGGAGUGCACAGUAGCCGGGAGGACAGCCACAAUCCUCUCACGCACGCAGAGUCUCUCGGAAUUCCGAUUAGAUGAAAUUCGUGCAAUGCUGGAGAAGUUCUGCAUCCGAAUUAACGAUCUCAGCACAAUUAGCCACAAAGAUUGCCCGAGAGAUAACGUCCGGGGGCUCAACAUUCAAAUUGAUCAUGAUCUCCUGUCUCCGGAUAGAUACCAGAAGGAAUCUGACGCGAUGUGGCGUAAUCUUAAUCAGGCAAUUCAGGAUGCUCUGAACAAUGGAGCAAAGUUUCUGAAUAGUCUUUUCAAACGGAAGAACUAAUAAAAGAAGAAGGACAAAGGAUGCCAAAUCAGGAGUAAAGGAGCGCUAAUUGUGCCAAAAAAUUAAGAUUUUGUGAUUUAU